AAAUGGCGAUAGGUCAAUUUGUACCGGAAGCAUCAAGUCUCAAAAGGUCAGUGGAACACUCAGGUUCAUUUCAACAAUGCCAUGAAACUUUCCAUUCCAAAGAUAAUUUGACAAAGUGCCUCAUGCAUGACUGGCUAUGAGGGAUUGCGAUUGACGGGAAACUACUCCACAAAUAAUGGACAUUGCAUUGGUCACGUUAAAAUCAGAUUGUGCUGCGCUACUUUGGUAAUUUCAAGCUUUGAAAAUGUUUCCAUAUAAUGCCAUCGAGUAGGGUUGAUAGCUCCAGUGCGACUCUCUCCGGUUCUGUGAAACCUCUGGAUAUCAAGUCCAGUCUCUCAUCGGUUGAAUACUUGAAGUCAUUUGAAUUGUAAGUGAUCGAGUCAAAAUGUGCCUGUUCAGAGUUCUUCUUCUGAUGGUGGGUCCUGCUGUCACAGCAGUGGGUGCAGACAACUGCCCUUCAGCUGUUGUAGAUGCAUCUUGCCCACCCUCUUGGAUACUUUGGGGCCACUCUUGCUAUCGUUUGACGGACGCGCCUCAUCACUGGUACCAGUCAAUGCUGGCUUGUCAUGACAUGGGAGCCAAGAUGGCUGUUCCGUAUUCACCCCAGGAAAAUGAGUUUAUGAUGCAGAUGGCCCAAAACGAGACCAAGUACUGGAUUGGAUGCCGUGACAUAAUAAACGAAGGAACAUGGGAGUGUGAUGCACAAGGGGAUGGCGAACCAUACCUAAACUGGUGGGAUGGAAAUCCAGAGAACUAUGGUGACUACGAGCACUGUUUAAUAUCGCUACCUUAUUAUUACAACAACGGCAAUAUAAAUGAUCACGAAUGCUACACUUUCUUCAGAACAAUAUGCGUAAAAAAACAAGACAAAUGCAUCCAUCACCCAGUGCAACCAGCAUGUGGUUACCCACCAACCCGAGCCCGUAACUACUGCUUCACUACAGACGCUGAUGGACAGCUUCUCAACUCCUGCCUUCUGGAUCACGUCAUCGGAGAGUUUGUUACCAAGAGCAGCCCCCAGUGUGCCUCGGCCUGCAUCCUGGAGCCCAGAUGCCACUCCUUCAACAUCAAACACAACCACCAAGGACAAACAAUCUGUCAGAUAAACAAUGCGACUCGCUGCAACGACCCUGCUCAGUUUCAAGAGAUCGGUUCCUACUGCAUCUACGCCCAAGAGUGCAUCAACUAGUCAAGAGCAAACAGGCAAGAUUUUCUUCA